UAAAAAAUAAAUAAAUUUGGUUACAUUCUACAAUGACUUAUAACUAUGAUGGUAAUGUUAUUUUGCUUCACAAAGAGAUUAUUUUCCAAAGAAUUCAGCACUCUCGGAUUAGACCUGAACAUAUUGUGCAUAUAUCCAACAUUUACCAUACCAAUUACUUCGACAUUGUGUUCGACUGAUUGGGUUAUGCCAGUUAGGUUUACUCACCCAUCCUUUGUAGUUUCGAACUACUUAUACGCGUGACUUAUUUUCACCAUUAUUUCUGCAGAACUCGUUGAAGCGUCAUGCAAAAACAAGUAGUGGACAGUCGUAGUAGUGAUGGUAAUGGGAAACGCCACAAAAAAUGUAAGUGCUAGUGUGAAUUUUUACAAUAAUAAAGGCAAACAGGAGAAGCAAUCAAGUAGUCUAGUCGCGAAUUAUCGGAGGGUUUCAUCCGCCACUCUUCGAUGCACUAAUUUAAAAAGUUCAUUUGGUAUAAAAUUAAGAGAAGGAGCUUAUCGGAAAUGCAUGGAAUUCAAAAAACGCUGUUAUCUUUCUGACUUCGACGUCAAUGUAAAAGUGGCAUCAGAAAAAAAUGUGAUCCUAUAACUUAACCCUAACCAUUCAUUCAGUCUAUCCAAGUUGCCAAAUAUAAUAUAGACUGUCUUCAUAAUUGGGGUUGAAAGAAGUAUAUAAGCCCAUUCUAUAUCUGUGAACAUUUUGUAAUUUUAAUUGAAAGUGGUCGACCGAAAAUAUAUAUAAAUGCUGUUUCAAUGUAGCCGACCUGAGAAUAUCGAUUCAAAAACUUUCCAGCUUAUUUAUUAGAACAAUUUGUAUAAUCAGUAUACACGUAACAUCCUAUUUAAUGUGACACGCCGAAGCGCUCGAAGUUCUUCGAAAAGCUUUAUCAGUACGCUUUCGAAAAAUAAUGGUGAAAUGGAAUUCAGAAUUACUAUUUUAAUCGCUAUAUCAGUUUGUGCGAGAUGUGAAAUGCAAGCGAGUGAAACUUAUACGCACUCUGCUAGUCUGAGAUCCGGAAAUAUAAAACUGUAUUGGAAAUUCAACCAGACGGAUAUUAUUCUUGAGGUUGUGGGACAGACAACUGGAUGGAUCGGAAUUGGUUUUUCACCAAAUGGAGCUAUGAAAUCUGCAGAUAUUUUUGUCGGAUGGGUAAAGAAUGGAACGGUCAGAGUAACGGAUAGACAUGGCACUGACAACACCUUUCCUCCUCUUGAUCCUGAACAAGACAUCAACGUAUUAGCAGGAGCAGAGUGUGAUGGUUGGACAAUGUUCAAAUUCUCUCGACAACUUGCUGCUUGUGAGACAGAAUAUGACAGAGAAAUCACGCAAAGCACUUAACGGUUGAUUUGGGCGUAUGGUGAUAGCGAUCCAGCUGGAAAUGAUAUUGUUCCAUAUGAUUAUCAUGGAACAAAAAGAGGUGCAGAAAGCAUGUACUUUCUACAGUCUCCAGAACGGCCUACGGAUCUUCCAGUCGGACCGGUAUAUGAAACAUUUGAUAUACUCGUUUCGGAUUUCAAAAUACCUGCGAAUGAUACAUACUAUAACUGCAAACUAUUCAAACUUCCCGCAUUUACGAAAAAGCAUCACAUAGUGAAGUUUGAACCAGUAAUUCAAAAAGGAAAUGAGCUUAAUGUUCACCAUAUGUUGCUUUAUCGUUGUGGAGAUGUUCUGAAGAAUAAAACAGAUCUUGGAGUGGAUGAACGUUGUUAUAGUCCUAAUAUGGAACAUUUUGAAACCUGCACCGUCGUUAUAGCUAUUUGGGCAAUUGGUGGUCAGGCUGUGGUUUAUCCCUACGAAGCAGGGUUUUCUGUUGGUGGAGAAAAUGAUCCAAUAUAUAUACAACUGGAAACACAUUACGAUAAUCCUAAUCUGGAGUCAGGAGUCAUCGACAAUUCUGGUCUCCGUUUCACCUACACUUCAACUUUGAGAAAAUAUGACAUAGGUGUUUUGGAGACUGGAUCCGCAGUGUUUGGGCUUGACCACAUCAUACCACCUGGAGCUGAGACUUUUACAAGCAUAUCACACUGUACACCAGACUGCAUUGAAAACAGAAUGACAGAUUCUGGUGUUGAAAACAUCACUAUAUUCAAUGUCGUCCUUCAUUCACAUCUUGCUGGACGAAAGUUAAGACUGAGACAUAUUAGAAACGGGGUUGAACUACCUUACCUCGCUAUGGAUAAUAAUUAUGACUUCAACUAUCAAGAUUCUCGAGCUUUGCAUCCACCCGUGGUUGUGAAAAACACAGACUCUUUUCAGAUGGAAUGUGUUUAUAACACCGAAGGCCGAGAUACAAUCACUGAGGGCGGACUCAGUACAAUGCAAGAAAUGUGCCUUUCAUUUGUAUUUUAUUAUCCGAAACUUGACUGGGGAUAUUGCUUAUCGUCAGUUUCAUAUCAGUUAGUUUGGCCUCAUCUUGGAAUAGAUAUGACCAAGAUAGAACAGAUAGCUGGAACCGACCCGGCACUACUAAAGUCAUACCGUUUUGUGGGCCCUUCCGAAGUAUCUGGAACGACAGUAUUUGAAUACCUGAGUGAGAAUUGGACUCAGGAAGAAAUUCAACAGUUUGAAACCUUUUACAACACAGCAGAACAUUAUGAAGUCUGUACCCCGUUGGAUAGAAACAAAUCGAUUAUCAAGCAGUUUGAAGUAAUGAACAUCUCAUCACCGUACGUUAAACCAAGCAAGACUUGUCUGCAGACACAGAAAUUACUCUCUGAAAUUGAAGAGGAUUAUAAUGUCUGCCCCUCAGCUACAACUAUUCCUUAUGAAAGUACAACAAGCGACAGCACAAUUUUGAAGUUUUCUCUGUGCUCGCCUCUCGCCGUUACCGUCUCUUUAGUUUUAAUUAUAUUUGGAUGAAAUUUCACUAAUUGUUUAAGUUGUCGAAUUGUUUAAGUUUGAUCUGAACUUAUGUAAAAAGCGUGUCCCCUAUGAAAGGAGGAAUCGUAUGAGAAAACAUAAAUAGAGGUUUCAAAACAUCGUCUAUUCCUAUAUAGCCUGAAAAUAAUGUUGUACUCAUUUUGUAUUACUAUAUGCUAACAAAAUACAAUAGUUAACUGUCUUUUGCAAUACUUCGCAAUGCGAAUAUAUACUUCGUUUUUAUAUUUUUGAUAAUAUAGACAAAUUUGCUCUAAUUUGUUGAAUUCGGUUUUCAAUCCUUACCUUACAUUUCGUUUUGAAAUUGUGUCUUGGUUAAGUAGGUUUCCUAAGUAUUUCUCCAACGUUUUUGGUGACAAUCGUUGAACAUGCAUAAAUAAUGUUUGAUAUUUCUGUAACAACUAAACCAAAUCCGAAAUCCUGCUUCAAUGGAGUGGACAGUUGCUUCAUUGCGUACUGCUUUCUACCUUUUUGUUGCUCUCGUUAAAUAUAAUUUGGGUACCUCAGUCUAGCUUGAAGAUCUUGUUCUUUGAGAAAAAAUAUCUUGCCUUCAAUUCUUGUGGGAAUCGUUCAGUCUCUUCUUAUGGUUGAUUUGGCCGAGGAGUUGAUGGUGGAUGGUAAUAUUUCUUGUACAUUACCACUGUUCUAGUUUUGUUUAGGAUAUGGUCAGGGUAAAAUAUUUUGUUUUUGGCAUUCGUUCCUAUAUGUUCUGAUAUUUGAACUUUCCUCUUUUUUUUCGAUGAUUUUGCAUUGAAUGCGGGGAAUGUUAGGCCAUGUGCGAAGGAUUUCUGAACAUUCUCGUCGCCGUAGGGUGGUUCACGUAACCGCUGGUCGGUUACGACUUCCUCCACCAUCAAGCCCAUAUGCUUCCAAAAACAAAUAACUGGCUAACUAAUCUCAUACCCGACAUGGACUGGCAACCGGACGAGAGCCGUAGUUCGACAUAUUAUUAGGCGGAUAGGGUAUAUAUAUAAAUCCCAAUCCCUAAGGUCGGCAUAUACCGUCAAAUACU